AUGACAACAAAUCAAACUAAUAUUCGGGUUGAAGAAAUUAUUCAUCAAGAAGGUGGUCUAGUUGUUGAAGUUGAAUAUAUAUACAAAGAAAUUCAUGAUAAUGGUGAAGAACGUAAUUAUCGUGUAUCAGUGAAACGGCAAGAUUAUGAACGAUUAGCGGCUACAAUACAAAAACCAACAUUACCAUUUGAUCAAUUUAUCAAAGUUUUAAAACCGUUCAUUAUAGGUCCACAUGCAGUCGAUGAUGUACCUGAAGCAUUUCGUCUAUUAGAUGCUGAUCAUUCAGGUACGAUCGAUAUUGGUGAAUUAGCCGCUUUUAUGCCUGUUAUUGUACCUGAUGCUAAUCCACAUAUGCUCCUUCAUCAUAUUCAAAAAGUUGAUCAAAAUAGUGACUAUAAACUGAAUUUAGCUGAAUUUACUGCAUUCAUCAAUAGAGGCAUUGGACGAGAUGUUGCACUUGGACGUAUCUAA